AGUAGCACAAUCUGUACAAGUUAAUGUCGUCAGUGGAGAGAAAAACCCCGCCCGCAGUUGGAGUCUGUUUUAAAUGACGAUUCAUGUUGAGGCGUUCUGGAACGUCCAGAGUGAUUGAUUUUCUGGUUGCUGUUUCUAUUUUUGAAUUCUAGAUAUUGGGAUAUAUUUGGUGCUCCUUCUUGGCGAUCCACGCGAUGAGCAAUGUAUGUACAUAAGCAGUAGGUAACUGGGAUUGUCAUAACGCCUAUAUACAUCUAUCCAUUUGUGUUAUGCCUCGGAAAAAGAAAUGCGGAGAGGUUCGCGGAUGUUCCGAUGUCGGUCUCCGACGGCCAGUAUUUCUACAACUUAAUCCGAGAUUCUUGAUGUGUUUCGAGAGUCGAAUUGAAUUACUCGCGAAGAAAUAAUGGCUGGAUUUCACGCAUUACCCGCGCGGAUGCCCCUGCGGCAUACACUGAAGCCAAGCCGUCGCUUCUCCACGUCUUCGUGGAGGCCCAGUUAUGCGGGUACCCUUCCUAAUUUAAAGAUUGGGGCGCAUACGAGGGUUUUGUUUCAGGGGUUUACGGGUAGAAAGGCCACAGCCAACGUCCAAGAAUCCCUAGCCUGGGGUACUAAGAUCGUUGGAGGCGUGAAACCGGGUGUUGAAAGCGAACAUCUGGGAUUACCCGUGUUCCCGUCAGUCCGAGCAGCCCAACAAAAAGCUAAACCAGAUGCAUCAGCCAUCUACGUCCCCGGAAAUCAAACCGCGCAGGCAAUCGAAGAAGCCAUCGAAGCGGAGAUUCCGCUCGUCGUGGCUGUAGCUGAGCAUGUGCCUAUUCAUGAUAUAUUGCGGAUCCAUGCCAUGCUCCAGACACAAUCCAAGACCAGGCUGGUCGGUGCAAACUGCCCCGGCAUUAUCUCGGCCAUUGGUAAAUGCCGCAUAGGGUUCCAGCCGUUGCCCUGCUUUGCGCCUGGUAAUGUAGGCAUUGUUGCUAAAUCAGGGACUUUGAGUUAUGAAACAGUAGCGUCUACCACGCGUGCCGGCCUGGGACAGAGCCUGUGCAUUAGUAUGGGCGGUGAUGUGCUAGCAGGGACGAAUUUCGUCGAUGCCCUGGAGAUCUUUGAGAAUGAUCCUGAUACAGAGGGUAUCAUGCUUGUUGGGGAGAUUGGUGGCACGGCGGAGAUGGAUGCUGCGGAGUGGAUUCGGGAUUAUCAGCGGCGUUGCGCGAGCCCUAAACCGAUAAUGGCUCUCAUCGGUGGAUUGGAAGCUCCUCCUGGACGCAUCAUGGGUCAUGCCGGUGCUUGGGCAGCUCCUGGCGAGCCUGAUGCGAGAGCGAAAUACCAAGCUCUGGAGCGUGUUGGUGUGACUAUGGUCAAUCACCCGGAGAAGUUUGGCGAGGGGAUGAGGUCCCUUUUAGGACGCAGGGCGGCCUCCAAACCCAGCUCAGCCAUAAACCAAAAGCGAGGCAUUCAUAUCAUGAGACGAACGACACUCACACCCCAUGCUAGUCCCAGUAUAUCACAUCCCCAGAAAACCCAAACCCGCUCCCUCUACAUAAAGCCCUUCCAAGCCCUCGACAUGCUAAACCUGGAAGCCCUCACAGUCCGCGAGACACCACCCUCCGAAUCAGAAGCUAAAUCCAAUUUCUCCCUCUCCCUCACCGUCGACAGAACAGCCCUAUCACCCUGCUUCAUCACCUCCCCAACACCAGACCUUAACCCAGAACACUCCCGCAAAUUCCCUUUUCCAUACACAACCACAGACCUACGAAACACUAAAAUCCCACUCAUCAGAGAUAUCGCUUUGAAGCUGGGUCUCUCUGAAACGGCGCAUCCUCAACUAGUUGCCCUCACGCAAGGGUUGUGGAAGAUUUUCCGUGAAAAGGAGGCAUUUUCGUUGGAGGUUAAGGUGCAUCCUUCUGCGGAUGGGAAAUUGGAGAUAUAUGAUGCGCGGUUUGGAUUCGAUGAUGCUGCAUAUAGGAGUGCCGGACGGCAAGAAGAAGUCCAUAAACUGCGGAAUAAAGAGGAGGAGGUUCCUGAGGAGGUCGUAGCUGAGAAGGAUGGGAUUGUUUAUGUGAAACUCGACGGCGAAGGGAGCAUCGGCACACUAGUCAACGGCGCCGGCCUAGCCAUGAACACUGUCGACGCCCUAACAAUCCACGGAGGACACUGCGCCAACUUCCUCGACACAGGUGGCAAAGCAACCUCGCAAACCGUCAAAGCUUCAUUCCAGAUAAUCACCUCAGACCCGCGCGUCAAAGCCAUCUUUGUGAACAUUUUCGGCGGGCUUACAAGAUGCGAUAUGAUCGCUGAGGGAAUUAUACUUGCGUUUCGGGAUUUGGGGUUGAAGGUGCCUGUGGUGGUGAGGUUGAGGGGGACAAAUGAGGAGGUUGGGCAGAAGAUGAUCGCUGAAAGUGGCCUUUCUCUCCAUGCAUUUGAUAGUUUCGAGGAUGCGGCGAAGAAGGUGAUUAGUCUAGCUAGUGCAUAGUACGUACAUACAUAGAAGACCUCAUUCGUUGGCUGAAUUCAAUGCUGAAUCAAGCAAGGAAAAAAGAUGAGAAAUUUGUCAGUCAAAAAAAACAAAAAAAGGCCGACCACCACGGGACUCGAACCCGCAACCAAUGCUUGGAGCCCAUACAAUCUGUGAUCAUAGGAGAGCAACACUCUACCAUUGAGCUAAGCGGCCAUCUGAGAGUUUUGCUUGUUGUUGUGUACUAUAGACUAACCCAGCUUGUCUACUCCGUGCUUUACACGGAGUACUAUUCCUAUAGACAUG